UGUAACUUUCAAUUCCUUCAAAGCAAAAUCAAUGGGGAGAACACCUUGCUGUGACAAAAUUGGCCUCAAGAAAGGUCCAUGGACACCGGAAGAAGAUCUCAAGCUUACUAACUAUAUUCAGAUUCAUGGCCCCGGCAACUGGCGUACCCUUCCUAAGAAAGCUGGGCUGGAAAGGUGUGGAAAGAGUUGCCGUCUGAGAUGGACAAACUACCUUAGACCUGAUAUCAAGAGAGGAAGGUUUUCGUUUGAAGAAGAAGAGACGAUAAUUCAACUGCACAGUAUUUUGGGCAACAAAUGGUCGGAUAUUGCCGCUCGCUUGCCGGGAAGGACAGAUAACGAGAUCAAGAACUACUGGAACACUCAUAUAAGGAAAAGGCUUCUGAGAAACGGGAUCGAUCCGGUGACGCAUGCGCCUCGACUCGAUUUUCUUGAUCUUUCGUCCAUUCUGAGCUCCACUUUGUGCAACCAGUCGCUUGUCAAUGUGUCAAGCUUGUUAGGUGCACAAGCUCUCCUAAACCCUCAAUUAUUGCUGCUAGCCAACACCCUCUUGUCGUUGAAAGAAGAGAACCCAGAAAUAAUCUUACAACAUCUCCAGCAAAACCAGCAGAUUUGUAAUAAUUCUCAAGAAAACCUAGCUCCUCCUCCGACGUUACAAUCAAACCAUUUUCAAGUUCAACCCAUGCAAACCACUGGAGAAGGGUUUUUCUGCUGCCCAAAUUCCCAAGAAACGUUAGGUUCGCAACCAAAUUAUAUUCAGUGCAGUUCAGAUUCGGAGGUUCCUCUUGUGUCUGAAAAUUCGAACACUCGGUCAGUGAAUGGGUGCAGCCAGAAUUUCACCUUGGAUUCUUUGAGGUCAACGCCGAUAUCAAGUCCUACGCCGUUGAAUUCGUCGUCGACGUGCAGCAGCAGUGUGGAUGACGAGAGAGAAAGCUUCAGCAGCUUGCUCAAGUUUGAAAUUCCUGACGGUUUUGAUUUCAGUGAAUUUAUGUAAAUAAUGCAUUAAAUACUAUAGGCUAGAUCAUCACCAUUAUCAGUGAUUUUGGCUUUCGGCUUUGUUUAUUUUUUGUAG